GCCUCCUGAACCAUGGCAGCUCAGUGCACCCCGUCUAUUCUGACCGUCCUGGUGUUGCUCGGCUCAACCAGAGCGGGUCCUUUCUCUCCUCGGUCCAAUGUGAGGCUCCGGGCCCCACGGCCCCCUCCCCAGCCGGGUGGCGCGUCCUCUCAACUGUACGAGCAUACCGUGGAAGAUGGAGAGAAGCAGGUGGUGUUCACCCACCGUAUUAACCUGCCCCCGUCAGCUGGCUGUGGCUAUCCCCCGGGCUCUGAACCCCCGGUGCCUGCUUCAGAGGUGCAGGCCCUGAGGGUCCGGCUGGAGGUCCUGGAGGAGCUUGUUAAGGGCCUUAAGGAACACUGCUCAGGAGCGUGCUGUCCCACCGCGGCCCAGGCUGGCACAGGCCAGACAGACGUGCGCAGUCUCUGCAGCCUCCAUGGUGUCUUCGACCUGAGCCGCUGCGCCGGUUCCUGUGAGCCUGGCUGGGGUGGACCCACCUGCUCAGACCCUACGGACACAAAGCCGCCCACCUCGUCGCCUCCCUCAGCCUCCAGGGCCUGUCCCGAAGACUGCAAUGACCAGGGCCGCUGCGUGCGAGGACGCUGCGUGUGCUUCCCAGGCUACAGUGGCCCCAGUUGUGGCUGGUCCUCUUGCCCUGGAGAUUGUCAGGGGCGCGGGCGCUGCGUGCAGGGUGUGUGCGUGUGUCGCCCAGGCUUCUCGGGCCCUGACUGCAGCCAGCGCUCCUGCCCUCGCAACUGCAACCAGAGAGGACGCUGCGAGGAAGGACGCUGCGUGUGUGACCCCGGCUACUCCGGUGAGGAUUGUGGGGUGCGGAGCUGUCCCAGGGGCUGCAACCAGAGAGGACGCUGCGAGGAAGGAAGCUGCGUGUGUGACCCCGGCUACUCCCGUGAGGACUGCGGGGUGCGGAGCUGUCUCAGGGGCUGCAACCAGAGAGGACGCUGCGAGGAAGGACGCUGCGUGUGUGACCCCGGCUACUCCGGUGAGGACUGCGGGGUGCGGAGCUGUCCCAGGGGCUGCAGCCAGAGGGGUCGCUGCGAGGACGGCCGCUGCGUGUGCGAUCCCGGCUAUAGCGGCGAAGACUGCGGCGUGAGGAGCUGCCCGUGGGACUGUGGCGACGGAGGGCGCUGCGUGGACGGCCGUUGCGUGUGCUGGCCCGGGUACUCGGGCGAAGACUGUAGCACGCGGACGUGCCCUCGUGACUGCCGUGGCCGGGGCCGCUGCGAGGACGGGGAAUGUAUCUGUGACGCGGGCUACAGUGGCGACGACUGCGGUGUGCGGAGCUGCCCCGGGGACUGUAACCAAAGGGGCCACUGUGAGGACGGCCGUUGCGUGUGCUGGCCCGGGUAUACCGGAGCGGACUGCAGCACGCGUGCCUGCCCACGGGACUGCAGGGGCCGCGGGCGCUGCGAAAACGGCGUAUGCGUGUGCCACGCGGGCUACAGUGGCGAGGACUGCGGGGUGCGCAGCUGUCCCGGGGACUGCCGCGGCCGUGGGAGCUGCGAGAGCGGCCGCUGCGUGUGCUGGCCCGGGUACACAGGCCGAGACUGUGGCACGCGUGCCUGCCCCGGUGAUUGUCGUGGGCGCGGCCGCUGCGUGGACGGCCGCUGCGUGUGCAAUCCGGGCUUCACUGGUGAGGACUGCGGGAGCCGUAGGUGCCCUGGGGACUGUCGCGGUCACGGCCAUUGCGAGAACGGCGUGUGCGUGUGCGCCGUGGGCUACUCCGGCAAUGACUGCAGCAUGCGCAGCUGUCCCAGCGGCUGCAGAGACCGCGGCCGGUGCCUGGACGGGCUCUGCGUGUGCGACGAAGGCUACUCCGGUGAGGACUGUGGCGUAAGACGGUGUCCGCGCGACUUCAGCCAGCGCGGCGUGUGCCAGGAUGGCGUGUGCAUGUGCCACGCGGGAUACGCGGGCGAAGACUGCAGCAUUCGCACCUGCCCGGCCGAUUGUCACCGGCGUGGCCGCUGUGAGGACGGGCGCUGUGUGUGCAACCCAGGCUACACCGGGCCCGCAUGUGCCACCCGCACCUGCCCAGCUGAUUGUCGUGGCCGUGGGCGCUGUGUGCAGGGAGUGUGCGUUUGCUACGCUGGCUACAGCGGGGAGGACUGUGGGCAGGAAGAGCCUCCUGCCAGUGCGUGCCCUGGGGGCUGUGGGCCACGGGAACUGUGCCAAGCUGGACAAUGUGUGUGUGUUGAGGGCUUUCGAGGCCCAGACUGUGCCAUCCAGACGUGCCCAGGUGACUGCCGAGGCAGGGGAGAGUGUAUCCAGGGCAGAUGCGUCUGCCAAGAUGGCUAUGCAGGGGACGACUGCGAGGAAGAGAUACCAGCCAUCCAGAACAUGAGGAUACAUCUUCUAGAGGAGAUGACAGUCAGGACAGAGUGGACACGGGCUCCUGGUCCUGUGGAUGCCUAUGAGAUCCAGUUCAUCCCCAUGACCGAGGGGGCCAGCCCACCAUUCACAGCUCGGGUGCCCAGCUCUGCCUCAGCCUAUGACCAGCGAGGACUGGCCCCUGGUCAGGACUACCAGGUCACUGUCCGUGCUCUCCGAGGGACCAGCUGGGGUCCUCCUGCCUCUAAGACCAUCACUACCAUGAUCGAUGGUCCUCAGGACCUCCGAGUGGUAGCUGUGACCCCGACCACACUGGAUCUCAGCUGGCUGCGCCCACAGGCUGAGGUGGACCGAUUUGUGGUGUCCUAUGUCAGCGCUGGCAACCAAAGAGUGCGACUGGAAGUUCCCCCUGAGGCAGACAGGUCUCAGCUAACCGACCUGAUGCCAGGCGUGGAGUAUGUGGUGACUGUCAUUGCAGAAAGAGGCCAUGCUGUCAGCUACCCAGCUUCCAUCAGAGCGAAUACAG